AUGGCGCCAAAGACGCCAACGCCUCGUCGUACACCCACGGGUAGGCGCCGGGGCCGUCCUCCAGGCACCGCAAGUACCCUUGACACCUCUCGCCUCGGCGCAAAUGCCGUCGCUGCGGCGACUGAACCUCCCCCUAAGAAGCGCCGAUACAUACCAGGGGGCGCAGGUGGGGGAGGUAGGUUUGUCGAUGCGGAUGACUAUGAGACACCUGCUCCAAAGCGAUCGCCCGCAAGGCCCAGGGUCACGAGCGCGAGAACCGGCGCAACGCAGACGCCGUAUCCGAAGAGAGAGCGCAGUACCAGAAACCGAUCGACAUCAAACCCCGCGAAUAUUGAAGAUAUGCGAUAUAGCUCCACGGCAGCUGUAGUAGCUGCAGUGGUCCAGAGUGAGGGGUACAAACCCCGCGAAGAGCGCGGUUGGGAGGAGUUCCACCCCAACCUUGAUAUCGACGCCACAUUCAUGGUGUUCAGUUCGGAAGAGGUGGAUGGCACCUCUAAUGUGCACUCCUCACCUGCCCCAAAGGACCCUUCUACCCCGUUGACAACGUCGACGCCGCCUUUGACAAUGAACGGUAUCAACCUAGACCUGGAUCGUCAACUAGCAGCUUCUCUAGGUCUCGUACCGGGUACCACUCCAAAGCGCCGAGUAGGCCGCCCCCCUCGCGACCCCUUAGCCUUCUAUGCUGCGCGGGUGGCCGAAGGACUAGGCAUACCCAAAACACCUGCCGUUCUACCUAUAUACAACCAAACUCCGAAAGAGCGGCUAGAUCUUAAGCGACCGCAGUUUCGCAAGACAGACCGCAUUCUUCUAUUCGAAAGCAAGAAGUUCGGUCAAGCACGCUACGUUGACAAGUCUAUGAUGAACAUCGGCUAUCAAGAGAGCGACGUGUUCAUCCAGCCCGAGAAUCGUCUCAUUAAGGCUGGUGGUUCUAUCGUCGAUGAUGAGGCAGACCAGACCACCUCUUCUACAAAGCCGGGCCGCAGUGAAGUAGCCCAGUCUAUGGGAGGCGUGCUAGGCCGUGUCGAGUAUGACAUGGACGAGCAAGACGACAUGUGGCUGGAAGCACUCAAUGCCGAACGUCGAAGGAACGAACUCGAGCCUAUCACAAGAGAAGUGUUUGAAAUUACCAUCACUAAGAUCGAGAAGGAAUGGCACGCUCUUGAAAAGCGCAUACCCAAACCCAACCCGAAACCUCCACAGACACAUCGGCCUCGAUCUAGCUCGGCAGCUGCCGUUAAUGGCGAGCCGUUGGCCGGCGAGGAUCAGGAUAGCAGGUGUGCUAUUUGCGACGAUGGAGAUUGUGAGAAUACAAAUGCCAUUGUCUUUUGCGAUGGAUGCGACCUGGCUGUCCAUCAGGAAUGUUAUGGUGUGCCGUUCAUUCCCGAGGGUCAGUGGCUCUGUAGGAAGUGCCAGCUUAUCGGGCGCGGCGUUCCGACAUGUAUCUUCUGUCCCAACACAGAUGGCGCUUUCAAGCAAACAAACUCAUCGAAAUGGGCACAUCUGCUGUGCGCUAUGUGGAUACCGGAGGUUUCUCUUGGGAACCAUACUUUUAUGGAACCCGUCAUGGAAGUUGAAAAGGUGCCCAAGACGCGAUGGAAGCUCACAUGCUACAUCUGCAGCCAAAAGAUGGGUGCCUGCAUUCAGUGUGGAAACAAGUCGUGCUACCAAGCAUUCCACGUUACCUGCGCUCGGAGGGCGAGAUUAUACCUCAAGAUGAAGAACAGCCAUGGUGCUCUCGCGGUGCUGGAUGGCAGCAUGGUUAUCAAAGCAUUCUGCGACAAACACUGUCCCCCCGAUUACGCUGCAGAGCACUCGGUCGUGCAGUCCACGAGGCAAGCCAAAAAGUUCUAUAAGAAGAACAUGAAGGGCCUGGUCUGGGCGGAUAGCCAAGCCGCUGCAAAUGCCAUUGCUGCUACUCAUCGCCAUGCUAUCACGGAGCAUCCGCCUGAUGAGUCCCAGAUAACGGGAGCCAAGUUAGCGGGCGCUGCUGGAGACAAAAAGAAGAGCCAGCCCGCAAAACCUGUUUGGAAACUGCCUUCCGGUGCACCCAUUAUUCCCCAGGCCGUCUUCGACACCGUUGAGACGUCACUUCAGCGCUUCACAAUUAGGAAACGGAAGGAGUUUGUAGCUGAGGCUUGCAAAUUCUGGACCUUGAAGCGAGAGUCAAGGCGAGGGGCGGCGCUGUUGAAGCGCCUCCAAUUGCAGAUGGAGACUUUCUCUUCUGUUGAGCUGACGAGACGCAACUUUGCCGCCAUGGGUCCUGGCGGCAAGGCUCGAUUGGCGAGACGAGUCCAGUUUGCCGAAACUCUACUCAAAGACCUGGAGCAACUCAAGAGUCUUUCCGAAGACAUUGUCCAGAGGGAGUCGGAGAAGCUGGAUGCUUCCGAGCUCGAACAAGAGUUUGUUGACACUUGUUAUUUCCCGGUUGCUACCCUUCUCGUUGCCGUUGUUGAGAAGGCUUUGGCGCUGGACAAAAAUAUCUUCAAGAAAGGUCUCACGAAGCUCCAGGCCAAAGUCAACGAGCGGUUUUAUACAACCACUCUCGAUUUUGCGCGCGAUCUCUGUGACGUUGUUCGCGAAGGAAUUAACACCGAGCCUAACGCGGCCCCGCCCUCAAACAUCCCAGAGCAGGCACCGAAUCCCGUCAAUGGUCCUCCGUCAAAACAGACAUACAAUGAUGCUAGGGAUCGCAAGAGGCUUGGUAAGCGCAUCCUCAAGGCUGUUCAGCCUCAACUGGAGACGGCCUUGCAGACCGAGUCUAGCGUCACUUCAAAACCUCUCGACGGCUUGGCCAAGGAACUCGAUGCCAUGCUUGAGGCGUGCGUUGAAUUGCAACAACCGUCUAUUACUGUUUCCGGAGCACCUCUCAACGAUACCGAGGACAGCCAGGAUGUGGUCAUGGUUGAUGCGCCCGUUUCUCAAAUCACCGUUGCUAGCCGGCCAUCUAGCCCACAGGCAGACAAGGCGACUCUAGACGACGAUCCAAGUGUCAUGGAUACAUCCGAGGAUAUAAAGGGCAAAGGCGAACCCGGAUCCGAUGAUAAGGAUGCGGCGGUCGCUCAGAUCACUGUUCCAUCUCCUCAAAGCCAAAAGGCAACAAGCCACAAGGAGACCUGCGGAAUCGACGAGUCUGACACCCCGCCUGCUAUGAACGGUUACGUCGCCAUGCCCAAGCCCGCUCAAGCAACGCCGCCCACGCCUCCCCAAUCGACCGAUAGUCUAGGGAAGGAGCCUACAGACCCCUUGACUGAAGGCGGGGUGCCCUGGUAUUUCAAGCAAUUCGAUGUGAUGGGCACCAGCGCCACGGAACCGGACCCGGAAGAGCCGACCGAAGAAACACGUAGCCCUAGUGAGGAGUUGACUGAUAUUGAUGAUGACGAGCUUACUGAGCUAGCCAUUGAUAUUGAAGCCGACACAAUCACAGCAUCGCCCACCGCGCUGGCGGCACCCGGCAAAGUAGUUUCUCUACCCAAGACCCAAGCUAGUCCUAUCAGAAAACGAACACGAGCAUCGACUCGAAAGCGGUAG